CACGUCCGAUGCUCGAUGUAAGGCCUCGGUCCACAGAGACUUCACGGCCUUUUGCCUUCCUAGCGCGCGUUGUCGUAGAGUAGACCAUGUCGGAAUUCCGCUACUCGACUGACAAUUUCGAUGAGUCGGAACCGAUAUCCAACAAGCCGGAGACGAUCUGGGGAGUCGUCAUAUCAUGUAUGAUACUGUCGUGGAUAUGUGUCUGCCUUCGAUUGUACGUACGGUUCAGGAUUGUCCAGGCUCCGGGCUGGGAUGAUUUAUGUGUAGGACUUUACCUACUCACGAUCACUGCUGGAUCAAUAGCAGUAUGUUUUGCAGUCACGUACGGACUUGGCAAGCACUUUUUACAACUUGAGCCGUGGCAGUCCAGUGGUUUCAUACGAACAUUUUACGUUGCAAACGCAGCAUACGUAACAUCAACAGCAUUGAUUAAAGAGGCUCUUCUACUGCAAUAUCUACGUGUUUUCGAUCAAGCAGUAUUCAUUCGCCGGUUUGUUAUUGCGCUGGCCGUUUUCACGGCGCUCUGGGGAUUUGCAUAUUCUUUUUUAGCUUGGGUUCCAUGCGUGCCCAUCCACGACUUUUGGGCCAAAGGAGGUGGUGGCCCAACUUGUUAUGGAUACGGUUCACCAUACGCUAGAACAUUUGCUGCUACAUUUGAGAGCCACGCCGCUAUCAACAUGGUCCUCGAUAUUGUGGUUCUUAUAAUACCCUUACCAUUAAUUUUUAAAGAUGGUUCGACGGUAAAUGCGCGUGUGCGAUUAGCCGCGUUGUUUUCUAUGGGCAUCUUCGUGCUUGUCUUUGCGAUUUGGCGGCUAGUAACUCUUGUCGAACACAGAGUAGCGACAAUCCCGACAAGAGAUCCAACGUGGUAUGGUCCCAUUACCAUCAUCCUGGCCGUCUUAGAAGUUGACGCCGCGAGCGUCUGUGCAAGUGUCCCUAUUUUUUGGCCUGUGCUUAGGAACUUGGACUGGGGCAAGAUCUUCGUGACACAAGAAGUAGACAUCACGAGGGAGACGCGGUACAUGGAAGAUGACGGAGAUCGUCUAACUAAUGGGACCACGCAUAGCAGAGCAGGCAGUGAGACGGACUUAGGGGCUGGUGGCGGGAGAGGAUUGAGGAAUAAGGAAACGUACUAUCAAGAUUCGUAUGUUUUAAGCCAGGUGGACCCUUUCCGGCCAUCGAUUGAGCGCGUACAUGCGAGUGCGAGGAGUGAUAUAGCGAAGCAAAGUUCGAGAAAAUGGGUGAAGUUAUGAGAUAUGGUUGUUUAUACGUUUAAUAAAACCAUUGGCCAUGCGUCGCUUUAAUUAUUUUCCCAAUGUUUUCCUUCUCUUUCUCUACUGAU